GCGGACCGCUCCCGGACACCAUGCCACAAGGAGAGUGACCUCUUCCUUUGUUUUCACAAUGGAAGACUCGGGAAAGACUUUCAGUUCUGAGGAGGAAGAAGCGAACUACUGGAAAGAUCUGGCUAUGACCUACAAGCAGAGGGCAGAGAACACGCAGGAGGAACUCCGAGAAUUCCAGGAGGGAAGCCGCGAAUAUGAAGCUGAAUUGGAGACGCAGCUGCAACAGAUUGAAACCAGGAACAGGGACCUCCUGUCGGAGAAUAACCGCCUUCGUAUGGAGCUGGAAACCAUCAAGGAGAAGUUUGAAACUCAGCACUCCGAAGGCUACCGGCAGAUUUCAGCCUUGGAGGAUGACCUUGCCCAGACCAAAGCAAUUAAGGAUCAACUUCAGAAAUACAUCAGAGAGCUGGAGCAAGCAAAUGACGACUUGGAAAGAGCAAAACGGGCCACGAUCAUGUCUCUGGAAGACUUUGAGCAGCGUUUGAAUCAAGCCAUUGAAAGAAAUGCCUUCCUGGAGAGUGAGCUUGAUGAGAAAGAGAAUCUCCUAGAAUCUGUUCAGCGACUGAAGGAUGAAGCCAGAGAUUUGCGGCAGGAGUUGGCUGUGCAGCAGAAGCAGGAGAAGCCCCGGACCCCCAUGCCUAGCUCGGUGGAAGCCGAAAGGACAGACACAGCUGUGCAGGCCACUGGCUCUGUACCAUCCACUCCCAUAGCUCAUCGGGGACCCAGCACUAGCUUAAACACACCAGGGACGUUCAGACGCGGUCUGGACGACUCUAUGGGUGGGACUCCCCUCACUCCUGCAGCACGGAUAUCGGCCCUCAACAUUGUGGGAGACCUGCUUCGGAAAGUAGGGGCCCUGGAGUCCAAACUUGCGUCCUGCCGGAAUUUUGUGUAUGAUCAGUCCCCAAAUCGAACAAGUGGCCCAGCCUCCGGGCGGGGGAGCAAGCACAGAGAUGGCAGUGAGAGACAGCCAAGCAGCACCGGCGUGCCUCUGGGUGAUAAAGGGUUGGACACCAGUUGCCGCUGGUUGUCCAAAUCGACGACCAGGUCGUCCAGCUCCUGCUGAAGCCUGUUCUUGGUCUUUUCCAGUUUGUCAUAAGCAGCUGCCUUCUCUUCGUACUGCUGGGUGAGGCCUUCGAUUUCCUUCUGGAACUUCUUCUUGCCCUCCUCCAAGGCUUCCACGGUGCUGGCAAAGUCCUGCAGCUUCUUCUUU